AUGUCUUCUUCAAACUAUUUUGAUGAAGAUAAUGGAUUGGCUAAUGAUGUAGCUAGUGGCGAUGAAUAUGAAUACAAUGACGAUGAGACAUUUGGUGAUACCGGUCCUCUAAAUGAUGAGUGGGAGAAUCAACACACUAUGUUGGCAGGUGAACACGAGAAUUUCGCAGAGUCCAAUCGAUUGAGAGAUGGUAUUGUAAGAAAAGAUUUGUAUGGCGAGGGUAAUGGCGAUGGUGAAGGCGAUGCAGAUGACUUUGAAGAUAUCGAUGACAUCGGUGGAAGUAUCGAUACUACUGCUGGUGCUGCUUUCUUUGAUUUCGGAAAUACCAACAAUGGAAAUGGAAGUUAUAAUAAUAAUAACAACAACAACAAUAAUAAUAAUAACAAUAUGAAUAAAAAGAAAACAAUAACUUCUCAAUCUACUUCACAUUAUAAGUCGACAAGCACUACCACUUCAACUACUAGUACCACUAGUAGCACGUCUUCACGUACCGUCGGAAUGUUCAGUUCACUCUCACUCUAUGAUAACGAUGAUAACACAUCACAAAACAAUAGAAAUCAAGUUGACGACGAUCAAUUGGAAUCAAUGUUUAAGAUUGCAAUGGGCGAUAGUUAUAAACCACCAACUCGUAAUGUAAAUCAACAAAUACCAUCACCACAACAUCAACAUCAUCAUCAACAACAACAACAACAAGUAAAUUAUAUACAACCACAACAUCAGCAGCAACAACAGCAGCAUCAACAAGAAGUACAUCAUCAUCAACAACAACAACAGUAUCAUUAUCAACAGAAUUUACAACAGCAACAACAAAUAUCACAGCAGCAACAACCUGUUGUUGACCCAUUAAAGAAAUUGUUUAUGGCAGCUGGACAAGCACAGACUCAAACCGUUCAAAGUUUGGAUGGCCUGAAAGGUGCAGUUUCAGUAUCUGAUAUCGAGGCAAAAUUGGAAUCACAAUCAUCUCCACCAACAGCAGCGACAGCAGUACCAGUACCAACAUCAAGCGAAGAAAAUAAACAAUAUAAUCAACAACAACAACAACAACAACAUCCAAAUAACUAUCAACAACAACAACAACAAAGAGAUAAUUCAUCAUAUAACAAUAAUAGAAAUAACAAUAAUAGGAAUAAUAACUAUGGACCAAGAACACUUACUUUGGGUGAUAUGAUUCCAGGUAACAAGGAGUAUCAACAACAGCAACACACACUCAGAGAGCAAGCCAGAGAUGCCAACUGGCAAAUGCACUCUAACACCGCUGGUGGUGGUGUUCCAUCUCCAACUCAACAAACAAUCACACCACAGAUGCUGCAACAACAACAACAUAAAUACCAUCACUACACAAAAUCACCAAACGGUAAACAACAAAAGCAAUCGCCACUCGAUAAGAAAUACAUGAGCGCCGAAGAAAUCCAAACGAUCCAUCGUCUUCAAGCAUAUCAACUCCACUAUACCAAUCCAUACAUUGAAGAUUAUUACUAUCAAAGAUUAAAAUUAAAAACAACUGCAGCUCCACCCAUUCAUUCACAUACUCCAAUUUGCGAUUCGCUUCCAAAGUCUUUGAUGAAUCCAAAGAAGCCUUCGACCAGUGUUGAUCCACUCUCUGGUGCUCUAGGACGUAUACCAUCUCACUCGAUUCGUGCUCCACGUCCCAUUCUACAGAUCCUUCUCGAUAAGGAUGAGUAUGACAAGACUGUCCAGUCGUCGGACCAGACCAUCAAGUUGGCCAUCGAGUCGUCGUACAACCAUCUCUUGGACCUCGAAGAUAUCGACAUUCUCAUGAGCAGUCCACAGGCCGCCGAGUCCAGCCAACUCGCCGAGUUCCAAAACAAGCGUGAACAAGUCGCUCAGGAGCUGUUCAAGUCGCUCCACCUCGACCCAUUCCCCUGCUUCAAGAUGGAGUCGCCCGUCCUCCCACAACAAAUUCCCGACCAGAAAUGGCCAUCGAUGGACUUGAAUAAUAAUAAUAAUAAUGUAGAUUCAGGAGAUUCAUCAUUUGAAGUUGAUUUCAAAUCGCCAAACAAAACAAACUCACCACCAAAAAAUCUUGAACAUCUCAUGCAACCACGAAAAGACAAUGCUGGUUUUGAACAGAAGAAAUUCGAUCGUGCCAUCCGACAACAUGAGACUCUGAUGAAGGAGAAGAGUGAGAAGUGCUCACAGGACUAUCAGCACUCCAAAGACACCGUUUUGAAGGCCAGAGAGAAACUAGAUGCCCAGUUGGAAGAGAAGAAAAAAGAGAUCUCAGACGACUUGGCCAAGUCGGAGCUGAUUCAUGACCAAGAGAUCAACACCAUUAAAGAAAAAGGAGAGCACGAUUACGAACACGCCAGAGAACCUUCCAUAUUUUUACAACCACCACCACCACCAGCACCUACUAGAUUAUUUCGAUUGUGUAACAAUUGGACAUUACAAGAUUCUUUGAAUCAUCCAUGA